AUGGACACUGUCCCCCCGCUUAAUUUGGCCAACCUUUCGGAGGAGGAAUCUUUGAAAUUGUUCGUGAAGUGCGCGUUCGAUCAAGGGCAAGAGAAGAAUCACCCGGACCUUAUGGUGAUCGCCAAGGAAAUCGUGAGCAAGUGCGGGGGAAAUCCUCUGGCGGUGAAGACUUUGGGAUGCUUAUUGUAUUCAAAGAAAGAGAACCGGAGCGACUGGGAACACGUAAGAGAUAGUGAGAUUUGGCAAUUACAAACUGAUAUUUUACCUUCACUGAGAAUAAGCUACGAUCUAAUGCCGUCUUACUUGAAACAAUGUUUCGCUUAUUGCUCGACAUUCCCGAAGAACCACGUGUUCCUCAACCUUGAUGUGAUCCAUCUGUGGAUCUCCGACGGGUUUAUCGAAUCCAGUGGCAAUAACCAGGAGCUGGAAGAGAUCGGACGGCAGUACUUAGAGGAGCUGUGUUCGAGAUCCUUCUUCGAUGUUGUCGAGGAAAGCUAUCCGGUGCUGAUCUUCCGAAUGCCCGACCUCAUUCACGAGCUUGCCAUUUCUGUGGCACAAACCGAAUCGUCCAACAUGAAAGUGCGCACACAGGAAAUUUCCCCGAGGACUCGGCAUAUGUAUAAAAUCCUCUAA